ACGGCCGAGACGUAUACCACCGGCGAAGAGUUCGACGUGACGUACCAAUGACCUCCAGCAUGGUCGACCGCUGCCGCGCCUUCGUCGCCGCAGCGACGCUCUGCCUCGUCUUCGCGAACGGCGUGGCCGCGGCGCGGCUGCUGGAGGAGCACCGCUUUGUUGCCGGCGUGGCACCGGCGGCGGCUGCGGAUAUGGUGAUGGACGUGUCCGCGGCGUCGCCGGAGGGGUCUGCCACGUGGGAGCGCGGGGACGAGGCCCUCGGCGCCGGGAAGUGGCUGCCCCUGCCGCUGGCCACCGCGCUGUCAGGCGGCCUGCGGUUCCCGGGGGUGUUCCAGCUCCCUUCGGCGACCGUGGGCGCGUCCAUGCCGUGGAUGGCCGGCGCGCCGCCCGCGCUCGCCGGGCCGGGGAUGCCGGCGCUCGUGCCGCCCUACGUCGGCGUGACCCGACAGGAGCAGCUCAGCGUGUGGGCCUCGCUGUUCAACCCGUUCCGCGUCAGGCCGAGGGUGCCGGCCCAGCCGUCGUCGGUGCCGGCGGAGCCCAGGGUCCCCGCCGUCGCCAGCGCAGGGCUCGACAGGACAACGACGGUGGACCAGCCGGCCGCCGGCGCGCAGAUCGGCGAGCCCAAGUGGGGCGUCUUCUUGGGAUCCGCUACUCCAAACAUCCACGGCUAGCUUAGCUACUCCAUUCUCAAGGCACCAAUGCCGCAUGCAGUUCUACUAAGUAAAACUAUAAUUAAGUUAAAAAACAUAAGAAUAUGAAGGAACUUUCUUUUUGGAGAUAAUUAUUGUAGUAUAGAUAGAUGUAUGCACUUUUGCACCCCAGUGAACUGUUUCUAGAUAGAGCAAAAGAGAUUUGCUGUUUGUAAUGUUCAUUUUGAACCAACAAUCAAUCAUGGCACGAUUGAAAAAAAAAGUUAGUGU